UCUUUUUCACUGUGCAUUUCAAACCUCACUCGGGUCUCAAUCUGAUAGUGAUAGGCCACAAAAGAGGUCCCUUUACUUCAACACACUCACUUGUGUUGUGUUGUGCUUCCUGCUUCAUUCAUCAUCAUCAUCAUCAUCAUCAUCAUCAUAUGCUUUCAUAUUCUUCUUCCCUCUUCUGUUCCUUUCAAUGGCGAUCUUGAACAACGUGACACCCUUGUUGUUUUUGGUCUUGGUUUUGUUUUUUCAGCUUGGUUUCAGCUGGUUUUCGCUUCUGGGUCAUCAGGGUCAUGGGUUUGCUUGAUAAAAGUCCCUGCUUUUUCUGUUUCUGCUGCAACUUGUUCUUCUCAGCUUGUUCUCAUUCCACCAACCCUUUUUGGUGGGCAGGGUUGCUUUUUGUUUCUGGGUUCUUCUGCUUUUUUGCUGUGGUGGGGUUCUGACUUCUGAGUUUUUCUUCAUCAUGCUGUGCUUCAUGGAUCCAUCCUCAUGGUUCUGGAUUCUGUUUGAUUUUUGAGGUUGGGUGGUUUGGUUUGUGGGCAUGGAGGGUAAUGGCAAUUGGGAGGGAGGUGUAGGGGAGUGUAAUAAUGGUUUUGAGCAAAUUGAGUAUGGGGGUUCUGAGUUAGGGUUCCAUGUGUUUGUGUGAUUGCUUAGUGCUUUGUCUUCAAAAGGAGGAAAAAGGGGUAUGAAGCUCUCAACAUCAGGGAUGGGUCAGCAGGGACAUGAAGGAGGGGAGAAGAAGUGUUUGAAUUCUGAGCUAUGGCAUGCAUGCGCGGGUCCCUUGGUGUCCCUACCAACUGCAGGAACUCGUGUGGUUUACUUCCCUCAGGGUCAUAGUGAGCAGGUUUCUGCCACAACUAACAGAGAAAUUGAUGGACACAUACCCAAUUACCCGAGCUUGCCACCUCAGCUGAUUUGCCAACUUCACAAUCUUACGAUGCAUGCAGAUGCUGAAACAGAUGAAGUCUAUGCUCAAAUGACACUUCAGCCGCUGACUCCGCAAGAGCAGAAAGAUACGUUCCUUCCUAUGGAAUUGGGUAUUCCAAGUAAGCAGCCCUCAAAUUAUUUUUGCAAGACAUUAACGGCAAGUGACACCAGCACACAUGGAGGGUUCUCUGUUCCUCGACGCGCAGCUGAGAAAGUUUUCCCUCCACUGGAUUUCUCACAGCAACCACCUGCACAAGAACUAAUUGCUAGGGAUCUCCAUGAUGUUGAGUGGAAGUUUCGACAUAUCUUUCGGGGACAACCGAAACGACACCUUCUUACAACAGGCUGGAGUGUGUUUGUUAGUGCCAAAAGACUUGUGGCUGGUGAUUCUGUGCUUUUCAUUUGGAAUGAAAAGAAUCAGCUUCUUUUGGGAAUACGUCGUGCCAAUAGGCCACAAACUGUUAUGCCAUCUUCAGUUCUAUCCAGUGAUAGUAUGCACAUUGGGCUUCUUGCUGCUGCUGCCCAUGCUGCGGCUACUAAUAGCUGUUUUACAGUGUUCUAUAAUCCAAGGGCUAGUCCAUCUGAGUUUGUCAUACCACUUGCGAAAUAUAUCAAAGCUGUGUACCACACACGCGUUUCUGUUGGUAUGCGUUUCAGAAUGCUUUUUGAGACUGAAGAAUCAAGUGUCCGCAGGUACAUGGGUACAAUAACUGGGAUAAGUGACCUGGAUCCUGUUCGUUGGCCGAAUUCUCAUUGGCGAUCUGUUAAGGUUGGUUGGGAUGAAUCAACGGCAGGAGAAAGACAGCCACGGGUAUCAUUAUGGGAAAUUGAGCCUUUAACAACAUUUCCAAUGUAUCCAUCACUAUUCCCCCUCAGAUUGAAGCGACCAUGGUAUCCUGGCUCUUCCUCUUUUAAUGAUGGCAGAGACGAAGCAACUAAUGGGCUCAUGUGGCUGAGAGGUGGACCUGGUGACCAAGGCCUCAAUUCCCUGAAUUUUCAAGGUGCUGGUUUGUUGCCCUGGAUGCAGCAGAGACUUGAUCCAUCCUUGCUUGGAAAUGAUCAUAAUCAGCAAUACCAAGCAAUGUUGGCAGCGGGUUUGCAGAAUAUGGGGAGUGGAGAUCUCUUGAGGCAGCAAAUGUUGAAUUUUCAACAACCUCUCAAUUAUCUUCAACAAUCAGGAAACCCCAAUUCUCCUUUUCAGCUUCAGCAACAGCAAGCAAUGCAGCAAUCUGCAUCUUCUAAUAUCAUGCAGCCACAAGGUCCAGUAUUGGCAGAGAACCUGUCUCAGCACCUCCUUCAGAAAUCACACAACAAUCGAGAAGACCAAACACAGCAGCAGCAACAAACUUACCAAGAUUCACUUUUGAUUCAAAGUGAUCAACUCCAUCUGAGGCAACACACUAGUUUGCCUUCACCAUCAUAUUCAAAACCAGAUUUCAUAGAUUCAAGUGGAAAGUUUGCUGCUUCAGUUUCGCCAGGACAGUCCAUGCUUAGUUCACUUUGUUCGGAAGGGAGUGGCAAUCUCUCGAACUUAUCAAGAAGUGGUCAGUCCAUGCCAACUGAACAGUUACCUCAACAAUCAUGGGCCCCGAAGUAUGCACCUUUGCAGGUCAAUGCCUUUGGCAACUCAAUGUCACACGGGCAGUAUUCUGGAAAAGAUACUGCAAUGGUGUCACCACAUAUUAACUCAGACACCCAAAAUCCUAUUCUAUUUGGUGUCAAUAUCGACUCAUCUGGCCUUCUGCUCCCUACCACUGUCCCUCGUUAUACUACUGCAUCAGCAAAUACUGAUGCAUCGACAAUGCCGUUAGGGGAGUCUGGAUUCCAGGGUCCUUUGUAUCCUUGCAUGCAAGAUUCAUUAGAGUUGUUGCAAAGUGCAGGGCAAGUUGACCCUCAAAACCAGACACGGACAUUUGUCAAGGUAUACAAAUCAGGUUCGGUUGGGCGCUCUCUUGACAUCUCGCGGUUCAGCAGCUAUCAUGAGCUGCGAGAGGAGUUGGCUCAGAUGUUUGGAAUUGAGGGUAAAUUAGAAGACCCUAGAUCAGGCUGGCAGCUUGUGUUCGUCGACAGGGAGAAUGAUGUUCUUCUCCUUGGAGACGAUCCGUGGGAAUCAUUCGUCAAUAACGUUUGGUACAUCAAAAUACUCUCACCUGAAGAUAUUCAGAAAAUGGGAGAACAAGCCGAAGAAACCCUUGGUCCAAGUUCUGGCCAAAGGAUGAGUAGCACUGGUGCAGAAUCUCAUGACAUGGUUUCUGGACUAGGCUCACUUGAGUACUGAGAUAAUUUCAAAAUGUACUCCUUCUGAUCCCACGUUGAAGACGAUGACUACUACUACUACUACAUGUUUGUUACUUCUGUUUGAAACACUAGCAUAUCUGAACAUAAUUCUGUAUUGUUCUAUUCCCACUUUCACCAUCAUUAUUAUGUGUACUAGGAAAAAGAAUAUGAUGACAAACUUAGGACAACCUUGUGUGCCAAUUUGUAAACUUUAUGUACUGAAAAAGUUAGAAAUACAGUGUUACUGCUAUUUGUAGAA